CCUAAACUACUCUUAGUUUAACUGAUACCUUGCAGGUCCUCAGAAUGGUGCAGAACUGGGCCACAUGAAAUCAGCAUCAUUGUGUAAACUGCAUGGCUUCUUUGAAGGCUCUGAUGGGCUGAUGUGCUUGUCGGCAAAGUAACUAACACUUGAAGAGUCACUGGCUGGUCAGGUGGAAACAUCCUGAAUGAAUGACAAUCUACUGCAGGGGUCAUGCAUACAGGAGAGCAUAUAUUAUAGGCAUUCUAGCCUAACCGCAUGCUAUUGUAGGAUGAAAUCGAAGUACCUGGAGGAAACCUAAUCGAGCUUAAUGAGUAUCAAAUGCUGAGAUUAUAAAAUCUGGCACCCCCUAUCGGUGUUUUAAGGGGGGAAAAUAGUUGAUCGCACAUAACAAAACACAAGAUUAAAAUUUAAUCAUUACGUGUUCAAAUUAAAAAUAGAGUUGACUUCCAGGUUAAAGCGUGACGCAUUUCUCGAUUGUUGACUUCUGGUUGAUUUCGCCGUGCCGCAGUACGUUUCCUUUAAGCCGUCCCGAAAUCAGAUUUGGAGUCGGUGAGCUGGGAUAGGCUGGGAGUUCGGUUCAGGGCAGGCCGAUCCACGUACUGCAAAACCGACCUCGGCCGAGGAGAAGAGAAGGAGAAAGAAAAAGGGGGAUUCAUGUCCGACGCGGACCUCACGGCAUGCGCGCGUGCUGACGGGACCAUUUCGGGACAGACACUCCGCCGGUACCGAUCCAGCCAAGGUCGGACACACCAUUGAUGACACAGGGGCUGCAUGUGCAAAGUUUUGGCAAUCGGGCGUGAUCUGCGCGAAGCUGGACUCUGGUUUUUAAAGCAGCGAAAGCCCCGAAGGAUUGCAGCAUGCCCAGGCGGACCGUGCAAGAAGUUACUGUCCAAGAUGUCCAAAAGAGACGGACUCCCAACAAGCACUAUGUUUACAUCAUCAAGGUCUCCUGGUCCGAUGGCAGCACCGAGGUCAUCUUCCGCCGUUACAGCAAAUUCUUCGACUUGCAGAUGGAGCUUCUGGAUAAGUUCCCCGUGGAAGGAGGACAGAAGGAUCCAAAGCGGCGGAUAAUCCCCUUCCUGCCAGGGAAGAUCUUGUUCAGAAGGAGCCACGUCAGGGACGUGGCCAUGAAGCGUCUGCGGCCCAUUAACGACUACUGCAGGGCUCUGAUCCAGCUGCCUGUGUACAUAUCCCAGUGCGAGGAGGUCCGCGUCUUCUUCGAGACCCGUCCCGAGGAUCUGAACCCGCCCACAGAAGACCCAAUCGGAAAGAAGAGAUUAGGAUUUGUGGAGAGAGCGACUUCUUUCCUAAAGAGAGGGGCUGGUUCACGGCCUCAGCAGGCAGUGGGGGACUCCGCGUCCGCUGACCCCCUGCUGCUUGACCAGUACGUGGCCGUCACCGAUUACGAGAAGCAGGAGAGCUCGGAGAUCAGCCUGCACGUGGGCCAGAUGGUGGAGGUCAUCGAGAAGAACGAGUCCGGCUGGUGGUUCGUCAGCUCUGAUGAUGCACAGGGUUGGGUUCCUGCCACAUGUCUGGAGGCCCAAGACGAUCCUGACGACUUCUCCCUGCCGGCAGAAGAAGUGCCUCGGAGGUUCUGGUCCCUGCCGAGGCACGUGGGUCGCCGACGCACUUUAGGGGAUCUGUUCAGCACAGGUUUUGGGCAAGAGGAGAAGUACACAGUGAUCUACCCGUACACAGCCCGUGACAAGGAUGAGAUAGACCUGGAGAAGGGCAUGACCGUGGAGGUCAUCCAGAGAAACCUGGAGGGCUGGUGGAAGAUCAGGUACCAGGGACAGGAAGGCUGGGCUCCGGCCUCCUACCUGAAGAAGACCGACAUCCUGAGUCAGAAGCUGGCAGCGGGUGGAGCGGCGCACGCCAGCACCAACGACCUGGACGGCCUCUCCAGGCAGCAGAACGCCACCAAGGAGAACCGGGAGGGUCAGAGGGAGGCGCGGCCGGGGCCCUUCGCUGACGGCAAGCGCAACGGGGCCAGACAAAGACCACCUCCUCGCCGCGACCUCACCAUUCCCCGGGGGGUGAACCUGCCCAAGCCCCCCACCCCUCCCCAGGUGGAGGAAGAAUACUAUACCAUUGCAGACUUCCAGACCACCAUUCCAGAUGGCAUCAGCUUCCAGGCUGGGGUUAAAGUAGAGGUCAUCGAGAAGAAUUCUAGUGGCUGGUGGUACAUCCAGAUCGAAGACAAGGAAGGAUGGGCCCCUAUUACAUUCAUAGACAAGUAUAAGAAGACCAGCAACGCCUCACGGCCCAACUUCCUGGCACCGCUGCCCAACGAAAUGGCCCAGUUGAAGCUGGAGGAUGAGGUUGCUAACAGCCUGGGCUCUGAUGACAACUGGUCCAAACCGCUACCCGAGGAGCCGUCGAGCAACAACGAUUCUGCGGCCCGGCCCAAGCUGAGAGACUGGAAGACAAAUGCCGGCAAGAGCAAUGUUUUCUCAGGACCGCUGCCUCCAGCUCCGGCCACGCCCCCAUCUGAGGAGAAACCCGCACUGCCUCCACGGAGGGAGUCCAUAAACAAGAGUCUGGAGGUGGAAGUUGCAGAGAAACCCAGGAUGGAGCUGUCUAAAGCUCUCCCCCCAAAGCCCCCUGCGCCAGGGGUCAUUAUGCCCCUGGUCCCCCCCAAGGUGGCUCCUUUCAAGCCAGAUAAGCCCCCCGAGCCCAAAAAAGAGGAUAAGAACAAACCGUUACACCUCCGGAAUGAGAUGGGCCUAGAGUGCGGUCACAAGGUGUCCGCCAAGGAAGUCAAGAAGUUUAACCUUAAGCCCGUUCCCAAACCGCCAAAGCCCAAGCCCGAGUCGCCGGAGGAGAAGCCCGAAGCCUCCCCGAGUCCGGCGGCCUUCGUGAAGCCGAAGCCGGUCCUGAGGCCCAAGCCGAUCCCGACGGCCAAGCCGGACGUACCGCAAGAGAACAAGGUGGAUAUCAGCAACCUGCGGAGCAAGCUGCGGCCACCGAAGCCGAUGGAAGCGGGGGCGAGCUCUGAGGGCGCCCAGCUGGACGGCUUGGUCAACAACAGCAGCCCUGCUAAGGAAGAGAAUGGCCACGGCCAAGAUGCGACAGAAGCUCUAAAGGUCGUUGCGUCCUCCCAGAAGGAACCUCCACAGAGACCUUUGGUGGCACCCAGGAGACCUCCUCCUCCCAAAAAGGCUGCCAGUCCUUCGAGUCCCACGGAAACCAAAUUCCCAGUGAAAGAUUUUACCGAACCGAAGCCCGUCGCCCCACAGAACAGACCUCCUCCCCCAAAACCGAAGGCUUCUGGACCACUGCCGCCCAAGGACAAGGACAAAGAUGAAUCCAAAUUAAAAAUAGCUCCGAAGCAAUUUAGCAAGAUCGAGAAACCAGAGCCGCCGAAAGAGAAACUCCCUCCACUCAUAAAAGACGCAUCCAAAGAGGAGCUGUUCAUUGCCGUGGCCGAUUUUGAGGGUGAUGAGCAGACCCCGGGGUUUAAGGAGGGAACACUGUUUGAAGUUCUGGAGAAGAACACUAGCGGCUGGUGGUUCUGUAAGAACAUAAGCGGCGGUCUAAUGAAAGAGGGCUGGAUCCCCUCCAAUUACCUGGCCAAGAAACCAUAGUUUUCAAUCAAGAGGCCAUGUUUUUUGUUUGUUUUUUCCCCCCCCAAUAUAUUUAAAGUGCUUUUUAUUUAUAGCUGGUACUUUAAUAGUAGCAUUUUAAUACAUUCCAUUCAUUUCAAGUCCAAGCAAAUUAAUAAUGAAGGAGCAACCAUCUAGAACAGGCUUCACUGGACCUGUUUUCUUUAAUAGUGUUAUGCAAGACUAAAGAGGAGUAGAUACUAGAAUAACAAUGCACUGUUUCAUGUGAGGGGGGAAAUCCACCCCCCCCUCCCAUUUUCGCUCAUGCUGUACACCUUUUGAGCCAUAUAUUACCCAAGCCUAUAAUAUUGUUUUUAUAAUAUGUAUCAAAAAGCCGCGGUAAUUACGCAAGAUAUGUACGUCUUUCCUGCCAUGAUAAUUUUUCUUAUUACGGUAAGUGCGUGCUCAAAGCUUUAUACAUGCAGGAUAGCUAAGGUGGUCCUCGGACACGCAGUAUGAACAAAGGAAGACUGGAUUGAGAGCUGGGGACAGGUUGGAAUUGGACCAUCUGAUGGAAGCGUGCGGAACUGCCGAAGACGACUCAAGCCAGACGCUCAAGCAAAAGCUGCCUGCUUAGGUUCCCAUAAAUCUACGGGUGCCAAUUCUUCUAUAUUAGUGUAGUAUCAAUGUGAUAAUAUUAAUGUAGUUCUGUUAUUUUUUGUGUGCUAACUUUUUGGCUUCAGCCAUUUUUUUUUUAAUACAUGCCAAUUGUUGCGGCUCAUGUCCGAGAGUACGGUGCACUUUUUCUUAAGAAAAAAAAAAAAAACAAAAAACAAAAAAUCAUUCUGUCAGCAGUUCAGGUUCUUGCACUGUGGCUUUAUAUUUUUUAAUUUUAUAAUGUAAUUUUUUGAAGUAUUUUAAGAUGUGAAGUGCGCUCGUAAAAAGCGCAUUGUGUGCAACCGACACCUGCGCAAGAUGUUUACAGGAAGUUGUAGGCAGUAUUUGAAAUACGAGAGCAGAAUUUCUCUCAAACUUGUCAUUGGCAGUGUGUCCCCCCCCCAACACUCUUCAGUUAUGACAUCAUGAUAUUAUAAUGGGCGUGGCUCACUCCCCCUCAUAUAUACACCUUUCAUAUUCAUUAAUUUCAUUUUAUCAAACGAGACUGAGGUGAGUUAGUAAACAAAAAACCAUUUGCGUACACUGAAUCUCAAGAAGGUGCUCUUUUUCUUUAUAUAAAUGCAGGCGUGACUGGUUUCAAGCCUGCAAUUAGCAACUUUAAAACAAAAACAAAGCGAUGUUAGUCUCUUUUUUUCCCUCCUUUACCUCAUCGUGCCAUAUGGAAUGAGGGCUUUUCUGGGAAGUUGUUCGCGGGCUGUUAAACUUGGACGGGAUCAAGGCAACGAAAGGCUCGAUCAGACCGUAGGGUUACACAUCUCGGUGAAAAUGAGCGACAAGGCUGGGAGACCACAUGGACCCCUGAAGGCUUUGUGACUCCCGGUUGCUAAGGAACCAUUACCUACCGCUAUCCUUCGUCCUGUUUCCUCAUCUCUCCGGCCAAGUCCAUUGCAUAUUCAUUUUCAUGGAGCUUCAAAAUGUCUAUCUAUGCAAUUUCAUUAUUAUUAUUAUUUUUUAAAAACACACUAGAAGUUGCACAGUGCAAAUCAAAUGGCAUGACCGACGCUCCAUGAAGUUGUAGGGACUUUUGUGCUGGAAAGCUCAGCUUUUGACACAUGCAGCAAAGUUGAAAACUGAAAAGGAAAAAAAAAAAACACUAUCCCGCCCCACCCUGAACUUUUCACUCUGAAAAACAAUGUUUCUGUGUUAUAUACAGUCAGGACGCAGAUUACAGGAGUACCUUUGAAAUAUCGUAUGCUGGUCAUUUUGUCAUGUUUCCCUAUACGUCAUAGUACUGUAAUUGGCCAUUGUUUUUUUUGUUUUUUUAAGUUGUAGAGUAAGAAAUUUCACACUUCACUAACUUUGGGAUUUUUUUUUUGUUUUUAUAUUGUGUUAAUAAACAUUAAAAAGCUCAA